AUGGUGGUCAUGGGCAAGCCUGUUGUAAAUUGUAUUUAUGGUUUGGAGAACGUUCUGUUUAAUGCAUCUUUAAAUGUUUUUAGAAUUGCUGGAGUGAGCCGUGCACAGCACCAGCUUGAGGCAGACUUUAGCCUGAAGUUGUGGAAGGAGUCACAGCGCAGCGGUCUGAGCCGGGAGCCGCGCUCCCGUGCCGUGGAGCAGGUCCAYCUGCGCUGCACCGAGGGUUCUCUGGAGUGGAUGUACCCGGCCCGAGCCCUGCGAGUGCUGCUGGAGCCCAACCUGGCCAGCGCCCAGCACAGCACGCUCUGCAUCAAACCCGCCCGCGACUUCCAGGGCGCCAGCGUGUACGUGGAGCGAGCYGGGCAUCUGCAGCUGGUGCUGAGCGAGGCACAGGGGGCUCGGCCCCACCAUGUGUCCUGCUUCAGCGCCCACACGGCCCGGAGAGUGGCCCUGUUCCUGCAGGCCAGCCCGCACAGGGACAUCAGCCGCCGCACCGCCAGCUUCCAGUACGAGCUGCUGAGCRAGCAGAGCGCCGCCGGCCCCGACUUCAAAAAGAUGGCCCUGGCGGAAGCUAUGUGCCGUCCUUGUGACAACGUGGAACUCCUCAUGGCCAUUUGCAGCAGUGAUUUUGUGGUGAAAGGAUCCAUCCGAAAUGUCUCCCACGACUCAGAGAACCACAUGUCCCGGGUGGAUGUCAGCGUCCAGAGGGUCUACAGGCAGAAAAACCGGAUUUUCCAGCAGGAGGAGGGGAGUGGGCAGUGGCRAGGCCCCAUCCGAACCCUGCUGCAGUGCAAGGUGAAGAAGGGAGGGGGAGAUUUCCUCUUCACCGGCAAYGAACACUUCGGGGAAGCUUGGCUGGGCUGUGCUCCUCGGUUUAAGGAUUUCAUGUUGGUUUACCGGGCUGCCAGGGAAAGGGGAGCCAACCCGUGUGAGUUUGAGCUGGACUGACACCACAGACACCGGGGAGUUGGAAGAUCUCAGCCCAGUCUUUGGAUGUUGAAUCUGGAGCAGAGUUAAAACCAAGGACUAAUGUUAACAAUUGCACCCAAACUGGAAUCUGGAGAAUUUCCUGAAGAUAAUGGCUCUGUGAGCCCUGUGAACUCUGACUUUUAACCCACAUUAAUUUCUCUUUCUUUACAUCUUCUUUGCUUCUUUGGAUUUUGGAAAGAMAGUCUUUUGAGGGAAGUUAGAAAGUAGCCUGUGCCUGUACAACAAAAUUUUCUCUAACAUCUUUUGCUCUGUGCACAUAUUAUAUGCUUUUUCUCUAGAUAUUUUUCUCUUCUCCCCAUUCUCUGCUUGAUUUUUCUUCUUUACAGGAAAAUGUGGAAACUCUCUCUAAACUGGGGAGAAAGAGCUGACCUCUAAAGCAAAARAAAAGCCCUUUCUUCCUCACCAAGAACUACUUGAUUUUUAAAAUGGAAUGUAGAUCCUGUAAAAAGUACAUGAUCUUUUACUUAUAUUGAAAAACAUUAAGGAGUUUAUUACAAACAGACAAAAUGGAAGUGACUCRCCUCCCUAAAGUUCUGUUGAACUAAAGAUCAAGAAUUGCUCAUGAUGGUAUUUUCACCUAAAUUAUCUGCCUCUUUUCCAUUAGCUUUCAUUAUUUGAAUGGUGGCUCCUCCCAUCCUCCCUUGGGACGCUUUAGCCAGCCUCACAUAAUUGCCAGUAUUUUAUGUAAAUGGAAUUGCUACACCGUAAAAUGAUAUACAAAUGUGUCUGCCACACAGAGGCCAAUAAAUGGUGUGAAUAAACCCAUUAUUUCCCAUGUAAUGGCAUCUGAUUGCAGCCUGGGCACCACGGGGCUGACAGAUGUGAGCCCAUGACAGGGCCUGGAGAAAACUGAAUGAGGAGCACUCUUGACAGG